GCAACCAUGCCAAAGCAAACAGCUUAAAGAUCAAUCUACAUGCAUGCAGAGCAACCAUGCCAAAGGCAGCAGCUUUCCUCUCCCUCCUCCUGAUCACCACCUGCAUUGCCCAUGGCGCCGGUGACGCCGUUGCGGCUGACCCAUGGCAGGAGCCCGACGUGGUUCAGCAGCCUGCAGCCAUCGUCCUCACCGGCGAGUGGCAGCUCCUGCACCAGAACACCGGCGUCUCAGCGAUGCACAUGCAGCUGCUCCCCGGCGACUUCCUCCUCAUGUUCGACCGCACGGACUCCGGUCCUUCCAACAUCUCCCUUAACGCGCUCUCGCCGUGCGCCGCGUCCACCGCCGCCGGAGGGGGUGGCGGUGUCGGUGCCGUCGACUGCACAGCGCACUCGGUGCUGCUCGACCUCCGGUCGAACACGCUGCGGCCGUACCCGCUCGCCACCAACCCGUGGUGCUCGUCGGCGGCGCUGCUACCAAAUGGUACGCUGCUGCAGACCGGUGGCUUCUCCAACGGCGACCGCAUCGCGCGCCUCUUUUCCCCGUCGACGGGAUGGGUCGACCUCCCGUCGUUCUUGGCCGUCCGGCGGUGGUACGCCACGGACAUCCUCCUCGCCGACGGCCGGGUGCUCAUCCUCGGCGGCCGGCGGCAGUUCAACUUCGAGUUCUUCCCCCGCGACGACGUGCCACAGCUGACCUUGUUCCCGUUCUUGGAUGAGACUACGGACAUGGACGCCGAGGACAACCUCUACCCGUUCCUCCACCUCCUCCCCGACGGCACCGUCUUCGCCUUCGCCAACGACCGCGCCGUCGUGUUCGACCCCUACAACCGUGCCCCGCUCCGGCGCCUCCCCGCCAUCCCCGGUGGCGUGCCGAGGAACUACCCCUCCUCUGGCUCCUCCGUCCUCCUCCCACUCCGGCCCGAGUCUCCGUCGCACGCCGAGGUGCUUGUCUGCGGCGGCGCGCCCCGCGGCGCGUACCGCCUCGCCCUCCGUAACGGCACGUUCGUCCCGGCCGACCGGACAUGCGGGCGGAUCGCGCCGACCGACGCGAACCCGGUGUGGGCGAUGGAGGAGAUGCCUCUGCCGCGCGUCAUGGGCGACAUGGUUCUGCUCCCCACCGGCGACGUGCUCAUCGUGAACGGCGCGGCGGCCGGCACGGCGGGGUGGGAGCUCGGGCGCGAGCCGGUGACCUACCCGGUGCUGUACAAGCCAGACAUGCAGCUCGGCGCGCGGUUCGAGGUGCUCGCCGCGUCAACCAUACCAAGAAUGUACCACUCGUCGGCGACGCUGGACACGUACGGCCGCGUGCUCGUCGGCGGCAGCAACCCGCACGUCGGCUACGUGUUCGCGAACGUGACAUACCCAACAGAACUCAGCCUGGAAGCCUUCCUGCCGCCGUACCUCGACGCGCGGCUCGACGGCGUGCGGCCGCAGCUGGUGGCGGCGCCGGCGGAGGUCGUGUACGGGGAGGCGACGGCCGUGAGGUUCGAGGUGCCCGGCGGCGCGGUCUCCGGUGGCCCCGAGGAGGUGCGGGUGGCGGCCGUGGCGCCGGCGUUCGCGACGCACUCCUUCGGGAUGAAUCAGAGGGUGGUGCCCCUGGCCAUGGGCACCGUGGCGCAGCUGGACGCGGGGAUCUACGAGGCGCAGGUGGCCGCGCCGCCUUCGCCGGCGGUGGCGCCGCCGGGGUACUACCUGUGGUUCGUGCUCCACGCCGGCGUGCCCAGCACCGCCGCUUGGGUGCGCAUGCGGCCGCUCGGUGCAGCGACGUGAUAGAUGAAGAUGACGUGACGACGUGUGAGCCAGUCAACUCCCACCUCUCUCGCUGACUCUCUCUAAAAAAAAAGAAAAAAAUGGAAAAAAAAAGAGAGAAAUGGUCAACUGCCACCUACCAGUGAGAGUAACACCCCCAGGCUUGUGGAUUAAUU